CAAGAAGACGCAGAAGCUCAUUUGACGCCGGUUCACUCCCUCUCUCUCUCUCUCUCUCUCUCUCUCUCUCUCUCUCUACUACAAUUCAAAUGGACGCAAUGGACUAUAGCUCUGAUGAAGAAUCAGAUAUCAGUGAAUCUGAGAUCAGUGACUACAAAGAUAAACAGUACGAGCAGUUACGAAGUGGAAAGUUGAAAGUAAAGGGUCCUAAUGGCACCCUCAGAUGCCCCUUUUGUGCUGGCAAGAAGAAACAAGAUUAUAAGCACAAGGAUCUGCUUCAACAUGCUUCCGGGGUGGCUAAAGGUUCUGCUAACAGAAGCACAGUCCAAAAGGCCAACCACCUUGCCUUAGCCCUUUAUUUGGAGAAGGAGUUAGCUAGUGAAGCAGAUCAAACCCUGCGUCUUGAUAUGACAAAUGAAAAUCUGGAUGAACUACAAUACAAAUACAAUGAGAAUGCACUGUCUUUAAGUAGGAUGCUAGAACAAAAAGACAGGCUACAUAAUGCCUUUGUUGAAGAAUCAAAGAGGCUGCAGAUGAUGUCACAAGAUAAUGUUUGGAGAAUAAUAGAAGAGCGAGAGAAGCUGAAUGACGAGUUGGAUGCUAAGAAAAAGGAACUGGAUUCCCUGAGAAAAGAAUUAAACAAACGUGAAGCACUAACUGAAUGUGAGAGGCAAAAACUUGACGAGGAUAAAAAGAAGAACGAUGAGAGAAACAAGUUACUUCAAUUGGCUUCUGUGGAGCAGAAAAAGGUGGAUGAGAGUGUCUUGAGGCUGGUUGAAGAGCUAAAGAGGGAAAAAGAGGAUGCCUUGCAUAAAAUACUUCAGUUAGAAAAGAAAUUGAGACAACAGAAGGUAGAAAUGGAAAUUGAAGAAUUAAAUGGUAAAUUAGACGUGAUGAAGCAUCUUCGGGAUGAAGAUGAUGAAGCAGUUAAAAAGAAGAUUGAAGACAUGAAUCAAGAAUUGGGGGAAAAAGCUGAAGAGCUUGAGCAUUUGGAAUUACUGAAUCAAACUCUGAUCACCAAAGAGCGCCAGAGCAAUGAUGAGUUACAAGAAGCUCGUAAAGUGUUAAUAGCAGGUUUGUCUGAAAUGUUGGCUGGUCAAUCUCAUAUUCGGAUUAAAAGAAUGGGAGAUUUGGAUCAAAAGUCCUUCCUCGACACAUGCAAGUUAAGAUUUCCUCUCGAGGAAGCACAGGUUCAGGCCUUCACUUUAUGCUCCCUGUGGCAGGAAAAUCUGAAAGAUCCAAAUUGGCAUCCUUUCAAGGUGAUAGAGAAAGAUGGGAAUCAUGAGGAAAUUAUCGACGAGGAGGAUGAGAAGCUACAAAAUCUGAAGGAAGAGUGGGGAAUUAAAAUACAUGACUGUGUUGUUACAGCUUUGAAAGAGCUUAAUGAAUACAACUUCAGUGGGAGAUAUGCUAUUUCUGAGCUCUGGAACCAAAAAGAAGGAAGAAAAGCCACAUUGAAGGAGGUAUUUUCCUCUAUCUUGAAGAAUAUUGAGAUACGCAAGCGAAAGAGAACAUGAGCAGGCAACAGCACAAAACAGACCAUGGAAUUUGGAGCGUAGAUGAUUGUGAAACUGCAACUGUGCUAGUGGAAAGCAGGAAUUUGAAGCUGUAUUGCAUGUUUGAGUUUCCUUAAAAGGAUCUUAUGCUAUGAAAAGAACUUAUUAAGUUGGAAUACCGAAUACCUGUACUUUGCUUAAUAUUGAACUUAAAACAAGUUUUAUGGGGAGAUUCGAUCUGUGACUGCA